AUGCCCUUUCAACAAACAAUGUCCCAGCCUAUUCCCUGCCCUCCAAUGGAGCCCUCGUCCUCCUCAUAUUCCUCUUACUCCUUCGACUCUGCCAACUCAUCCUACUCUGGCUUGAGUGAUGAUAGCCUGAAUUAUCCGGAUAUGUACUUCAUGAGCGGUGGCACCAGCACGGGCCCGGGCAGCGUUAUCGACUACCCUCUUAGCCAGCCAGCGUUCGAGCCCUCGUCGCUGGACAGCGGCCACUUCUUCGAGUACAUGUCUCCGACAUUCAAUCCAGCGUUCACACACACGCCUGAGCCUCUACCUUUGAUGGACACGCCCACCUCGUUCCCCAUGAGCGCAACAUCGGGGUUCUCACCAACGUCAAUGCCAGUUGAGCAAUCCAUGUUCUCCCCUAUUGACAUCUCCCAAGAGCCCAUCUCCAGGCCCGCCAAACCAUAUGCCUGCGACGACUGCGGCAAGAGCUUCACCCGCCCAGCCGACCUGAAGCGACACCAGACAACCGUCCACUACCCGGUCUUCCAGAACUGCCCUGUCUCAGACUGCUCGCGCAAGGACGGCAAUGGCUUCCCGCGCCGCGACCACCUGGUUGAGCACUUGCGCUCGUACCACCACCUGGACGUUCCCAAGCGCCGCGCAGCAAAGCGUCUGAAGGUCGCCUAG